AUGGAGAUAUCGACACUGCCAAUUUCUGCUUCGCACAGAGGAAAACUAAUAUCAGCAGGCUACACGUCUCUCUCGUCUCUAACUUCCAUAUCUCACUCCAAGCUAGCUCAAGAUUUGAAGAUUACAGAAAACGAGGCGGUGGAGAUUCUGACAGUUUGUUCGGCAAGAAAUGGGCUGAGCAAAACUGAGAAUGGAAGUCACGCGAUUGUGAAUGGAGCACAAACAGCUUGGGAUAUCUUGCACGAGGAAGAAUCUUCUGUAUGCAUCACCACUUCUUCCUCGGAUUUGGAUGAAAUCCUUGGCGGAGGAAUUCGUUGUAAAGAAGUCACUGAAAUUGGCGGAGUUCCGGGCAUCGGUAAAACGCAGCUUGGGAUUCAACUGGCAGUAAAUGUUCAAAUUCCAGCUGACUAUGGUGGGAUUGGGGGAAAGGCGAUUUAUAUAGACACAGAAGGGAGUUUCAUGGUUGAGCGUGUUCGGCAAAUAUCUGAGGCUUGUGCCGAGGACAUGCUGGAAUACAAUAGCUUACUGAGGAAGGAUUCUCAAGCAUUUCAAGUGGAUAAACAGGCUGACUCUUUUAUGGAAAAUAUAUUCUACUUUCGCACGUGCACUUACACCGAGCAAAUUGCCGUGGUAAAUUACUUGGAAAAAUUUAUCAGUGAUCAUAAGGAUGUCAAGAUUGUCAUUAUUGAUAGCAUCACUUUCCACUUUCGUCAAGAUUUCGAGGACAUGGCUCUCAGGACUCGACUACUUUCAGGAAUCGCACUAAAACUGAUGAAACUAGCCAAGAAGUUUAAUUUGGCAGUAGUUCUAUUAAAUCAAGUCACCACAAAGUACUACGAAGGUUCAUUUCAGUUGACUCUUGCUCUCGGUGAUAGCUGGGCACAUGCUUCUACAAAUCGGGUCAUUCUCUACUGGAAUGGCAACGAGAGGCACGCAUAUAUUGACAAAUCACCCUCCAUGAGAGCAGCUUCAGCUCCAUAUGCAGUGACUGGUAGAGGUAUUCGAAAUUCAUCUUCAAACUGUAAGAGAGUUAAACUGAUGUAG